AUGGUAAUGGCUUCCAUGGAGGACUGGCACAGUUCGCGGGAUUUGGCCUGUGUCUGGGGGGUACAGAAUGUGAGCAUUUCCCGAAAAUUGACCGCGCAGAUCUGCAGUGCCGUGCCAGUGUUUGGAGAGGAUGAAACUUACCUUGCUUUAGUCGUGGAACACAACUGUGAUGCUCAGUCGGGGGGAUAUAGGGCAAAUGGAUGGGCGCAAAAUUGUGACAUUUUGGUCAUGCUCUUUGCUGGACCUGAUGGAUCACACAAAACGCAAGUGAUAGCACGUGGGCAGUCAUGGGUGUAUCCUUGGCCACGCGACGAACGGGAGAGCAAACAAUUCGAGGUCUUGUUGGAGGACAAAACUUGA